AGAAGUAAUGAAGGUUCAGGUCAUGCAAAGUAAGGCUGAGCUGGGAACCGACUUGAAAAUGAAAGAAACAACUCGAGAAAAACAACCUUCUUGGCUGCUGAGCUUUAACUGACCUGGGUCCCUCCUUCUCGAAGCUUGCUGUCUGAGCUCUGAAGUCAGCAAAGCAAUAAUCGAAGAGCAGAGCUAUUUGAGGACUACAACAGUAAAGCAGAAUUUCAGAGUGGGAUUUUGAUCUUUAAUGUGAAGAUACGUCUAUAUUAAACCAGGAAUCAUUGUCAGUAACAGUUAGACACAAAAAUUUGGAAGAUUAAACAAGUGUGAAGGUUGAUCAUGGAAAUCAAAGAGGAAGGAGCAUCAGAAGAAGGCCAGCACUUUCUUCCCACACCCCAGGCAAAUGAUACUGGGGACUUCCAGUUCACAAGUAUUCAGAAGAUUCCAAAUGAACCACAGUUGGAAUUCAUCCUUGCAUGCAAGGAUCUUGUGGCUCCCGUUCGUGAUCGGAAGCUGAAUACACUGGUGCAGAUCUCAGUAAUCCACCCCGCGGAGCAGGGUCUGACAAGAUACUCAAGCACGGAAAUUGUGGAGGGAACAAGAGACCCGCUGUUUUUGACUGGUGUCACAUUCCCAUCUGAGUAUCCCAUCUAUGAGGAGACCAAAAUAAAGCUAACGGUCUAUGAUGUCAAGGAUAAGUCUCAUGACACUGUUCGAACCAGUGUCCUCCCUGAACAUAAGGAUCCCCUGCCAGAGGUUGGGCGAAGCUUCCUGGGCUAUGCCAGUUUUAAAGUGGGGGAGCUACUGAAGUCGAAGGAGCAGCUGCUAGUCCUGAGCCUGAGAACUUCAGAUGGUGGCAAAGUUGUUGGCACCAUAGAAGUCAGUGUCGUGAAGAUGGGGGAGAUUGAGGAUGGGGAAGCCGACCACAUCACCACAGAUGUGCAGGGACAAAAGUGUGCACUGGUAUGUGAAUGUACAGCCCCAGAAAGUGUGAAUGGAAAAGAUAACUUCCUUUUUUUGAAUGCAGUGCUAAAGAACCCAGUGUGUAAAUUAUAUAGAUUUCCCACAUCUGACAAUAAGUGGAUGCGAAUCCGGGAGCAGAUGUCAGAGAGCAUACUUUCUUUUCAUAUUCCUAAGGAAUUGAUUUCUCUUCACAUAAAAGAAGAUUUGUGUAGAAACCAGGAGCUGAAAGAACUUGGUGAGCUUUCUCCACACUGGGACAAUCUACGGAAAAAUGUCCUUACUCACUGUGAUCAAAUGGUGAAUGUGUACCAAGAUAUUCUGACAGAACUUAGCAAGGAAACAGGGUCCUCUUUCAAAUCAAGCAGCAGCAAAGGAGAGAAAACAUUAGAAUUUGUUCCAGUAAAUCUACAUCUGCAAAGAAUGCAUGUACACAGCCCUCACUUGAAAGAUGCUCUCUACGAUGUCAUCACUGUGGGAGCCCCAGCUGCCCAUUUUCAGGGAUUUAAGAAUGGUGGUCUUCGGAAACUACUCCAUAGAUUUGAAAUGGAAAGAAGAAAUACUGGAUACCAGUUUAUUUACUAUUCACCUGAAAACACAGCCAAAGCAAAAGAAGUUCUCAGCAACAUCAAUCAACUACAACCUCUGAUAGCAACCCAUGCAGACCUACUGCUUAAUUCUGCAAGCCAGCAUUCUCCAGACAGCUUGAAGAAUUCUUUAAAGAUGCUUUCAGAAAAAACAGAGCUUUUUGUACAUGCCUUCAAGGAUCAGCUGGUCAGAAGUGCUCUUUUAGCCCUCUACACUGCCAGACCAGGAGGUGUCCUGAAGAAACCACCGUCUCCUAAGAAUAGCACAGAGGAGAGCUGUCCCCAGGACCCACCCCCGCCGAUGAAAAGGCAGGACUCCAUACCACAUCAUUCAGACUAUGAUGAGGAAGAGUGGGAUAGGGUGUGGGCCAAUGUGGGGAAGAGCCUGAACUGCAUUAUUGCCAUGGUGGAUAAACUGAUUGAAAGAGAUGGUGGUGGUGAAGGCGGUGGUGGUGGCAGCAAAGGUGGAGAAAAGGACCCUUCUCUAGUGGAUCCCAUCAUAACUCAUCCAAGGGAGGACUGGUAUGAACAGCUAUAUCCCCUCAUCCUCACCCUGAAGGACUGCAUGGGAGAAGUGGUGAACCGAGCCAAGCAGUCCCUGACGUUCGUGCUCCUUCAAGAACUUGCAUACAGCUUGCCCCAGUGCUUGAUGCUGACGCUCAGAAGGGACAUCGUCUUCAGCCAAGCACUUGCUGGUUUGGUUUGUGGUUUUAUCAUCAAAUUACACACAAGUUUGCAUGACCCUGGCUUCCUACAGCAGCUUCACACAGUGGGAUUGAUAGUGCAAUAUGAAGGACUACUAAGUACAUAUAGUGAUGAAAUCGGAAUGCUAGAGGACAUGGCUGUUGGCAUUUCAGAUUUGAAGAAAGUCGCAUUUAAAAUAAUUGAAGCCAAAUCCAAUGAUGUCUUGCCAGUUAUAACAGGAAGGCGGGAACAUUACGUGGUGGAAGUGAAGCUUCCAGCUCAGAUGUUUGAGGCACUGCCUUUGCAGAUUAAAGAGGGACAAUUGCUCCAUGUGUAUCCAGUACUUUUUAAUGUUGGAAUCAAUGAACAACAAACUCUUGCUGAGAGGUUUGGCGAUGUCUCUUUGCAGGAAAGUAUUAAUCAGGAAAAUUUUGAACUUCUAAAAGAAUAUUACAUGACAUUUAUAGAAAAGAUGCCACCUGAUUACAUCUCACAUUUUCAAGAACAAAAUGAUUUAAAAGGAUUACUAGAAAAUCUCCAUCAAAAUAUCCAAGCCAAAAAAAGAAAGAAUGUAGAAAUCAUGUGGUUGGCUGCAACGAUUUGUCGCAAACUCAAUGGCAUUCGUUUCACCUGUUGCAAAAGUGCCAAGGACAGGACAUCGAUGUCGGUGACUCUGGAACAGUGCUCAAUCCUGAGAGACGAGCACCAGCUACACAAGGACUUCUUUAUCCGAGCCCUGGAUUGUAUGAGAAGAGAAGGAUGCCGCAUAGAGAAUGUACUGAAGAAUGUCAAAUGCAGAAAGUAUGCUUUCAACAUGCUACAGCUGAUGGCUUUCCCCAAGCAGUACCGACCUCCAGAGGGGACUUAUGGAAAAACUGACACCUAACUUUACCGACACGUAAAUAAGCAGGAACACAAACACGCUGCAGUCGGAUAAUCUCCACCCUUUUAACUUCUUUAUUGUCACAAAUUUGUGGAGGGAGGUGAUCAGGGAUGUUUGCCCAAAUCUAGGCAUUAUCUGGAUUAGGUAUUAGCAUAUUACUCUGAAUGAAAUCCAUUAAAAAAAAUCUUAAGUAACAUUGUGAUUCUAGGUCUCAGCUUCAACGCUUUGCCCCUCAAUGGCUGCGAUCAGCUCAGAACGGGUGCAUUUCAUUCAUGGAGUCCUUCAGCCGGAGGCAUUCUGAGGAAACGUAGGUUGCCACAGGAGGAAGACAGGUGACUCAGAGAGGGGCGUUCGACCUCCAAAGGGAAGACGAGAGGGGACAGGGGAGGGAGACUCAGACAUGUUACUUCACAGCCAUACUCACGUGUAACCUUAAAGCCCAUGUGUGGGAUUCGGAAAAUACUUUUCUAGUGAAUUAAAAUUCGGUAGCAUCAAGGCAUGAUCUUGACUGUGGAAGCGGGUUGCCGGUGUGCUUGUAAAGACUUAGGUCCUCCAGGCCAGAUGAGACCAGUGCUCCCGAACAGGUAGAUGACAGUGUUAGCAACACGGUGAAAAGACUUUUCCAUAACGUGGUAUCUUUUCAAAACUCUGACUCGUGUCGUGUGGCCCCAUGACAAGUGGUGGUAGAGAAAGCUGAAUAGAAUAGUAGGAAAAAACACCGCUAGGAACAGCAACUGCAAGGAAAUGAAAGAUGAUCAGCCUGCUGAUGUCAAACCUGAAAAUCCCUACCAGCCUGAACUUUAUGUAGCCAAGUUCAUAAAAGUCAAUAAACUAUCUUUGUGAUGCUUUCCAGUAGUCCUCUUGCUACAGAAUAUAGAGGGUGGAAGUAUGCAUUGUCUGGCAUAGAUUACUAUGUGUGAAUAAACAUUUUAAGACCUAUGCAACCAUAACUAGUGAUAAACUGAAACAAUUAUUUCUGUUAACCUGAAUUUGAAAUUUAUUCUCAGGGAAAUCGCACCAUAGGUUUUCCAAAAUUCCAAAUUAGAAAUUGCUUUAGAGAUCAUCUUGUAUAAGGUCAUUAUAAACAGGUAAAUUAAAGCACAAGAAGAUAUGCACCCCAGUCAUCCAGCUAGGUAAUUUUAGAGCCAUGAUUACAAUCUCUUCUCAACUUCCUAACCUGUGGCUUGUCUAGUCUCCAAAUUGCCAUGCUAAAAAUACAUGAAAAUUGUGGGAGAAUGCUAGUUCAUUAAAUAGAAAUUGGCAUUUGUUGCAAGAAUUGAACCUUGGAGUAUAAUGGUCUGAAUAAAUGAAACCUGUUUUCUCCAGAUGUUAAGAGUUUAUUCUUUUUCCUCACUCAUUGGAAGAGUGUGCUAGCCAGAGCAUGAAUCUCCCCUUGGAAAUGCUGGAGGGCUGUUACAUAGACAUCUCCUGGCUGUGACCACAUUCAGUGGAUGAUAUUAUGAGGCUUUCCAAGCUAGUGUGACAGCUUCUUGGCUAAGAUGUAUGUUGAACUAAGGACUUCAAACAGAUCUCUAGGUUCAUGUUGGGUUUUUCAGAUUACUACAAAUUUUAGAUAACCGUUUGGGGCUUUUAAUACUAGAAUUCUCAAUCCAUUAUUUUAGCUACUGACUUGUGGGCACUAUAUUUGAGGCCAUCAACAGUUCACACGUUUUUUUAAUAAAAAGAUGCAGUGUACUAUAGAUCUAUUUACAGACAAAGUUUCGUGGUGUUCUCCCUUGUGCUUCCUUCUCCAUUUCAGUGAUUUAAAUAUAAUUUUUGAAUUACUCAAUUUUAUUUGAAAAUAGUAGGAUUUGUGGUUAUUUCCAUGAUCCCAUUGGAUUUAAGGUAAAGAGGUUUGGGAUGACAGAGGUUUCCUUGAGUAACAAUGAAGCCUCAUUGAGUAUAUCAAAGAGUGGUCCGUGUUCCAAGACACCUUAAAUUAAAAUGUAUCAUCCUGUAAAUACUCUUAUAAACAGUCAUUUUUGUUUAUAUUUUUAAAAAUGAAAAGUCUUGACUCAAAUAUUGAAAAAAAUAUUUAUUAACUAGAAAGCCAAUAAGUAGGGUCUUCUAUUUGGGGAAGAUAUCCCAAAGAUAUUUCUUUUCUUUUUUAAUAAGUACUGAUAGAGAAGUCUCACCCAAAGGCAGAGCUUACUGUAAUACAAAUGCAUAGAGGUUUUCUUUUAUUAUUAGCAGGGUCAUCUGCCUUUCCCUAUACAAAGCCUGUAUCUGUGCAUACUGUUAGAAGUGGAUUUAACCAAGAAAAUUCAUGUUUCAUACCAACAGCAAUACUGCUCCUUUCCUGAGAGCUAUUCCAAGUAGCAUUGGAAAUCCACCUCACUAUUUCUUAAGUUAUUACAGUUUUCUAAAUCAAAAAGCAAACGUUAAAAAGUUCUAAAAUCUCCUUUGUACAAACACAGCCUCAUCAUGCUUUCCUCUCUCUCUUUUUUUUGUUUAAAACAUACUCUGAAAACAUAUUUAAAAACAAGGGAAGGUGAAAUCUUGAUUAUGUUUGACCCAGUGGCAAAAGACCCAGAGCCUGAAAAUGUUCCACGAAACAGCUGAACAUAAAAGUUUCAAAUAUUUGGUUGAAGCAGACCCACAUUUGGAUGCAUUCAUUAAUUUCUCGUGUGGUGUUUUGUUUUGUUUUUCCUUUGUAAAUAUUGUCUUGGAUUUUGUUUAUAUCCUGCCAAAACAGUCCUUUGGUGUUCAGUCAGUCCAGUAAUCCAGUGAGUCAGAGCCACCAUUUGAUCCUGCUGACAAAUUGUGCUAAAAUGACCAAGUAAUUAGAGCAGCAUACCAUGUGACUAACCUCCAGUUCUCACUUUAUAAGACAAAUCCCUGUUGUUGUUGUUGUUUCUGAAAAACUGUGAAGUCUUAAAACCCAGCAUCUGGAUGGAAGAUACUUCCCUAUUUUUUUUUCCCCUCAACUACGUAUGGUAUUUUGCAUAAAAUAAGACUCAGUGUGGAAAAGAAAAAAGAUCUGUAUGGAGUAAUGCUUUCCUUCCCAACAAAUCAAGCCCCUCCUUAUGUAAAGUAUGAUACAUGCCAAGGAGAAAGGAUACCAGUGGUGCACAAGAACUGACUAUGCAGACUCAAGAGAGCUGAUCAUUAAAUUUUUAGGAAUUUUGUAAGCCAGUUGUUAAAUACACCAUCAUGAGAUACUAAGUUAUCAAAAGCAAUUGAAUGAAUUUUUAUUAAAAACAAAGAUAAUAAUCAAAACUUACCACCUCCUAAUUAUUUUCCUUCAUUUUACUCUUUACUUGUGCUUCUGAGAUUAUUUAUGUCCACUGUCUCUGCACAGUGGAAACACUGUAUCAUCAUGUGCUACUGUGCAUCUCUUCCUAACUCCACACCCAGGAACACCAUGUGGGUAGCUUGAAAUUGACUACAGUGGGAGUAUUUACAUGCAGAAAUUACCCAGUGCUGCAAACUGGGACUUUUAAUUCCUGGAAAGCUAGUUGUUAAACAUUUACCAGCACACAACCGAAUGCUACCAUGACUUUUUUCUCCAGCAAAUAACAAAUAAUUGGAAGCAUUAUAAAAUUAUUAAUAUGGUAUUAAGUGCAAUCAGGCAUCUUCAGGUGACCACAAUUUUGUUUUGGAUUUCCCCUUUCUAAAGACACCUAUUGAACUCUAAGAAAUAUUUGGUGUUUAUAUGUUAUUCAUAAUUAAAUUACAUAAUCAUACAGUUGCAUUUAAAAAUGUUUCUCUCUCGAUGUUCUGCAAGGGAAAUAUUAACAAGGCAGCCUUAGUGUAAGCAAUUUAACAACUGUGGGCUAGAUUCAGAGAAAUGUUAGCCUAAUUAGAGUAUCACUGAAAAUGUGCUUCAGUACAAAUUUUUAACUUUAUAAUUUUAGCAUUUGCUAAAAGCAGAAAAAACAGUAACAUAUCACUGUGUCCAGAUUCUAGUAAGUAUAGUUCAGUUGAAACCCACACUGUUGGAUUAAGCAAAUUAAACUCCGGCAGUAUGCUAAAACACCACAGACAUUUUAGAUGUUUGAUUUCCAAGCAGGAUGGCCUAUCAGUUGUCUAAUUCAAUGUGCAAGGGCACCUUUUGUAAUCUUUAGGAAAUAAAUUAACGUUUAUCACAGAUUUAAGAAACUGGCUUGAGAAAAACUGUGAUCAGCAGUUACGGAGGGAAGCUAGUGUGUUGAACACAAAGCAUCCCUAAUAGCUGGAGGCUUUACAAAUUAUGCACCACCGAAGAGAAUGAUUUGCCGAGAGUUGUGUGGUUGAUUGACAAUUUUAGUGUGAACUGACAUUCAUUUAGCUCAGCUGCAGUCUGCAGAAGCUAUGCUUUUUUCCCCAUAUUUAUGUUUUACUGCUUUGCAAAGAAAGUCCCAAUAUAUUAUAUCCUUUGGCAGUUUUAAGUUAGAACUUUCUACCCAAACAGAUGCUACCGAUAGCAAAACUGUCAUUAAGAACAGGAAAAUAAAAUCAAUGUUUAGAUAAAAUAUUGUGGGCCAAUUAGGUAUAAAGUUAAGGUAUGGAAAUUUGGAUUUUUACUUUCUGAGCCAUGGUGCGCAUUAAUCAGUCUUUGAAUUUUAUUUCUAAGCAGGUAAGAGAGUCUAAAGCAUUUCUGAUGUCAAAGAAACAACACCUAUCUGACUACUAGUAACAAGGAGGUAGGAAAAAAAAUUGUAAGGUAAUAUUAGCCAAAAAAAUAAAUUGUACGUGCAAUUAGCUGUCCUCAGCUUGAAUAUCAUAGAUUAUGUGAACAUUCGAAAUUAUAAAUCAACAAAGGAAAACAUGGCUCACGAUGAAGUAUACUACCCAGAGUGAAUAUCAGGAGAGAGAAGACCUAACACAAGCAAUGUUGCCUGAUAAGACAGAUCUUGUUUAUCUUUAAUAAAUCGAGUUCUUUAAGAUGAACUCUCUGUGCACUUCCCUACUCAUAGUGUGAAUAUAUUCACGAGCUUCCUAAAAUCAUUGAAAUCACUCUAUGGUCACAAAAGGGCAUAAUCUAACAGUCCAUCUUUAGUGAUCACAUGGUACAGUUUCAUCGUCUGGCAGGCAGUACUGACUCCCAUAUUGGCGAGAUUGCUUUCUCAUCUCUAUGGGUCCUGUGAUGGUUUUAUAUCACUGUCCAUAUUUAAAAAAUAUUUCGUGUCAAAGGACUUUAAAACUUUUCAAAGGUAGGCUCCACAGGUGUGUAAGUGGAGAGACACUCCCAUUUUCCUGCACAAGCGUGUUCUUUGUACACAUAUACUUGUCGUGUGAAUAUUUUAUUAUUUUGUUUAACCUAACAUCUAAUUUUCAGAUUCUUGUGGUACUUAUCUGAAAUGUUAGCAUUUGUUUUCUUUUUAUGUUAAGUACAUAUUCUAGAUGAGCCAAUAAUAUGUAUUCCUAGGAAAUGGGGCACAGAUAGGUUAGAUCAUGUUAUACUGGCAUUUGAAGAAAUAUCAUUUUAUUUUGUUGUUCCGUGUAAACCAUAUUCAUUGUACAUUGUGUGUAUAUUUUUGU